CUCUCCAGCAGAGGAUAAAUAUUUGGCUUUCUGGCUGCCCAGAGCCCAGUUUGCUCUUCGUCAGCCUUUUGGACCCAAAGAACCAGAACCAUGAAGGUGUGUCUGCUGCUGCUUCUGCUGCUGCCGCUCUGCUCCGCUCAAACAUUUCACAUCAGCUGCUAUGGGAAAGAUUUCCUGCUGGUAGACGACCUGCUGCAGUGUACGGGGAAGGUCCAGCAGGCCUGUUACACCAGAGAUAAUGGAGAAAAAGGUUGCACACGGCUGGAGAACUGUUCUCGACGCGGUUGGACCUGCUGCUAUACGGACCGAUGCAACAGCUGAAACCUGGACGUUCAGCCAGAGUCCUGAUGAGCAUCUCAGAACCGUUUCAUGUGUCUGGCACUAAUAAACGAUGGAUGGACCAAAGA